AUGGCAUCUCCAGUGAAACGCCCCGAGCUGAUAGCGCUCGCCCGCGAUUUGGCCGGCGUCCCGAUGAGUGACGACUACGAGAAGAUGAUAUCAGGAAUGCUAUACAAUCCACUCCUCCCUAGCCUAGAAGAAGCCCGACACCGCUGCCGCAUCUUGACCAACGACUACAACAACCUGGACCCGCGGACUGUGCCGUCUGAGAAGAUCAGAGACGUCCGGUUUGAACUUCUCCAGAAGCUGGUUGGACAGGUGGGCGAGGGGUCGUUUGUUGAGCCGCCGUUUCGGCCCGAUUACGGGUGCAAUGUCAUCAUUGGGCGGGAUUGCUUUAUCAACUGGAACCUUAGUAUUCUUGACACGUCCCUGGUGAUUAUUGGGGAUCGCGUUCAGAUGGGCCCAAACGUCGGCAUCUACACCGCUGGACAUGAGACCAGUAUUUUGUCAAGAAGGAAGUAUAUCGAGUUUGGUCACCCGGUCAAGAUUGGUGAUGACUGUUGGAUUGGCGGUAAUGUCGUGAUUCUCCCUGGAGUGACGAUUGGUGAGGGGUGUACUAUUGGAGCAAGCUCCGUUGUUACAAAGGACAUUCCUCCUUUCUCGGUGGCUGUUGGCAGUCCAUGUAAGGUGAUCAAAACUAUACCAUCCGCCGAAGAAGAGGAAGAAGAUCCCAAGAACCCCUACCGAGCAAUGGAACGAGAGUUGUAA